CGGCGCUUAACCAUUGUGCCACCAGCUCUACUUACAGGUUAUUUCUUAGAUGUUUUAUGUGCUAAUUCUUAAUCUUAGUGACUAUCCUCUGGGUUCUUGGUAUUUUCGAAUACUGGUACUAAGAACUGAGCCUCAGGAGGUAUUUCCUGUUUGACUUCCCUCACUCCAGUGUAAGUUCUAUGAAGGCAGAGACUUUGUUUUGGUGCUGGCUGUUACUCCCCAUGCCUAGAGCAGAGUUAAUACAUGCUGAACUAAAACAAGGAAUGCUGUCACCUGUGACUUUUUUAUGCCAUUAGUUCAGCCUUCUUUCUGUGCCAGCACACUUGAGACAUGCCCCCAUCCGCAGCUUGCUCAGAGUACCAGUGAGUCUCGACUUUGUUCUCAUCCUUGCAUCAGGAAUAUGAAAGGUCACUGGAGACCCAUCGCUCUCCUGCCCGCAGUGUGUUCCUGAACUGCUUGGAAGUCUUGAAGUAGCAGUAGUUGGAGGAAUGCUGGAGGGUGAAGGGAGAUCACGAGGGGACAGGCAACCCUGAGAAAGAGUCUGAUUACAGCGGAAUCCCAGCUUCGUAACUGAUGAUCAAUAACUGCGUUUGCUCUCCUUUUUUAUUGAUAUGUCCAGCUGUUUUCCUUAGGCCCCUUCAUCCGUCCUUGGAUGGUAUUCUUCAUCUGUAAAUGGAUAACCUUGGACAUAUUACCUCUAAUGUUCUUUCUGGUUCCAAACAAGAGGCAGCAGAGCUUAGCAGUUAAGCACACAGGUCUUAGAGUCAGACGUCUUGACUUCACAUCUGCGUUUAUAAGCUAGUUAACCCUAAGCGAGUUACUUAAUCGCCUUGUGUGUCAGCCUUUUCCUUUGUAAAGUGAAGUUGGUCAUUUACCCACUUCCUAGGGUGGCAGUGAGGAUUCAGUGACAUGUGUAGUGAUUUAAACUGCCUACGUGUUGUGAAUAUUCAAUAAACUGUUGGCUGCUGUUCUGUGACUCCUUGUAAUGACUAUAGUGUUUCCUUGCAUGAAGAGUGCUGGAAGAAGAGAGGGGCUUAAAGUUUAAAACUGAUGUAUUUUGUGCUUUUCAUUGCUGAGAGUGGUUGACUGCGUCAUGUCCAGUGGGACGAAGGGAACCUACGUUGGAUCUUUGUCUUCCCCUCGUGCUCUAGCUUGGCUCAUGUCAGAGAACGCUGUCUGUAAACAGCUCAGUGUAGGUUUUUUGGAAGGGGCCUCAGUUGUACGGUUUUGUUUUGAUUUCGCUUUUGGUCUCAUUUUUGUUUUGUUUUGUUUUUUUCUUUAAACACUGAUGGAAAGAUAAUGGAAGGUAAGGGUUGAAUGAGCCAGCUUUCACUUCUCAAAGUUCUUAAGUUACUGUUCUUUUUGAAACAUAAUUUGAUUAAGAAGCAAAAAUAAAGUUCAGUUAGCAUGGAAAAUUCUGGAGCAUCUGUUUCCUGCUUUAAGUAGUAGAAGACUGUCCUUGGCCUCUGGGUACUUCCACUCCAGAUCGAGGCAAGAAAAACAAAAAUUCAAAACUCAGUGACAGAAUCAAGAGGCCCUUAGAGAUUGUGAACUGGGCUUGGGAGGGUAGGCUGGAUUGAGAGAGGGGAGAGGGAGGAAACUCAUGCUUACUGAAUACCUCCCUUCAGGUACCUGUGAACUAAACAACCUGGUUGGAAUAUGAGGGCAUGUGCAAAGGAAAAAGACUGGAUCUGUUUAAAUGGGGCCAGAUGGCACAGCACCCAGAAUGCCAAGUUGCCCUUGAAGGAUCCACACCCUGAUGAAAAAAAAGAUCUUGACCAUGAGACGGUGGUUGAGGAGCAGAUCAUUGGGGAGAACUCCCCGCCUGAUUACUCAGAGUACAUGACAGGGAAGAAGCUUCCUCCCGGAGGGAUACCCGGCAUCGACCUCUCAGACCCCAAACAGCUGGCAGAGUUUGCUAGAAUGAAGCCAAGAAAAAUUAAAGAAGAUGAUGCUCCAAGAACAAUAGCUUGCCCUCAUAAAGGCUGCACAAAGAUGUUCAGGGACAACUCUGCCAUGAGGAAACAUCUGCACACCCACGGUCCCAGAGUCCACGUCUGUGCAGAGUGUGGCAAAGCUUUUGUUGAGAGCUCAAAACUAAAACGGCACCAACUGGUUCAUACUGGAGAGAAGCCCUUUCAGUGCACGUUUGAAGGCUGCGGGAAGCGCUUUUCACUGGACUUCAAUUUGCGCACGCACGUGCGGAUCCACACCGGAGACAGGCCCUAUGUGUGCCCCUUCGACGGCUGUAAUAAGAAGUUCGCUCAGUCAACUAACCUGAAAUCGCACAUCUUAACACAUGCUAAGGCCAAAAACAACCAGUGAGAGGAGGAGAGGAGACCCUUCUCGGCCUCGGGAAGCUUCUUCCAGGAGUGUGAUUGAGAAUAAAUACGCCUCUCCUUUGUAUAUUGUUUCUAGGAAAGAAUUUUAAAUACGAAUCCUACACACCUAAGGGACAUGUUUUGAUAAAGUAGUAAAAAUUAAAAAAAAAAAAACUUUAAUAAGAUGACAUUGCUAAGAUGCUCUAUCUUGCUCUGUAAUCUCGUUUCAAAAACACGGUGUUUUUGUAAAGUGUGGUCCCAACAGGAGGACAAUUCAUGAACUUCGCAUCAAAAGACAAUUCUUUAUACAACAGUGCUAAAAAUGGGACUUCUUUUCACAUUCUUAUAAAUAUGAAGCUCACCUGUUGCUUACAAUUUUUUUAAUUUUGUAUUUUCCAAGUGUGCAUAUUGUACACUUUUUGGGGAUAUGCUUAGUAAUGCUAUGUGUGAUUUUUCUGGAGGUUGAUAACUUUGCUUGCAGUAGAUUUUCUUUAAAAGAAUGGGCAGUUACAUGCAUACUUCAAAAGUAUUUUCCUGUACAAAAAAAAAAAAAGUUAUAUAGGUUUUGUUUGCUAUCUUAAUUUUGGUUGUAUUCUUUGAUGUUAACACAUUUUGUAUAAUUGUGUCGUAUAGCUGUAUUGAAUCAUGUAGUAUCAAAUAUUAGAUGUGAUUUAAUAGUGUUAAUCAAUUUAAACCCAUUUUAGUCACUUUUUUUUUUUUC